UUUAUUUUCUUACCAAUACAAAAUAUCAAUGGAAAUUAUUUCUUUUGUAGUUUUUGUCGGAACUCGAAGGCUUCAUAUUUUUAUUCUUAAACCAUGUCAGGAGGUUUGAAAUUGUACAUCGAUUUUAUAUCACCACCAUGUCGUUCGCUUUACAUUGCUCUCAAACAAAGUGGUCUGCCUUUUGAGAAAGUUCUUAUUGACUUAGGAAAGAAACAACAGACAACUAGUGAAUACAAAAAGUUGAAUCGAUUUCAAAAAGUUCCAUGCAUCGCAGAAGGAGAUUUUAAACUAAGCGAAUCUGUGGCUAUUCUUAGAUAUCUAGCUUCAAGUAAUCGGGCUUUUGACAAGCUUGUCGGUGGUGGUAAUAAAGAAAACCUUAUUCGUGUCGAAGAGUAUCUUCAGUGGCAAUACACUCUACGUAAAGAAAUUCUAAAUUUCUUUCAUCUAGAUUGGUUAAGUCCAUUACGAACUGGUAUACAAACACCAAUAGAUGAAGUGCAAGAAGCUAAAAGAGAAUUGGAAAGAGUAUUGGAAAUCCUUGAGAAAACAUGGUUAAGUUCAUCUAAAUUUCUAAUUGGCAAUGAGAUGACGGUGGCAGAUAUUUUUGGGGCAUCUGAACUUCAACAAACAAUUCUUUCGAAAUAUGAUGUUGGAAGGAAAUAUCCAAAGAUUUCUGAAUGGUUGGAAACUGUACGCGAAGAAACGAAUCCCCAUUUUGAUUAUGCACAUACGGUUUUGUAUAAACUUGCUAAUAAAUAAAAAGUUACAAAUUU